AGGACGUUGAAAAAAAGAACGGAAUCAACAAGGAUGUACUAAAUGUGACCACUUCAUCAAUUAAGGCUUUCCGAGUUGCGUUCUUCACUUGCAUCCUUGACCUUUUUUCAGGUGGAAAAUGGGUCAAGGGUGUUCUGAAGAAUGUAAUGCUGCAGCGUCUAAUUCAAGCUUAGGAAUCAUCGGCUUCGACAUGGGAGGUACUAGUACCGACGUGAGUCGAUAUGAUCCAACUGCUGGUAGAUUUGACCAAGUCACUGAAACCGAG